UCUCUCAAAAAGUGCUGCAAACAGAGAUUACAAGUUUUGUGUUCGCUUUUCUAAAACAAUUUUUUUACAAGAUUAUGCCCGCCUUCUGAUGGGCCGGUAAAACAUAAUGGAUAACAUUGUCUACGAUUUCGCCAAGAUCACGUUUCAGCCAAAGGAGGUGGGACUGACCGAGAACCGAAGUGCAACCAUUGCUAAUCUCUCCUGGAGAGUCAAGGAGAUGACCAUGACAGACAUUGAGAUGAUGCGUACCACUUCCAUACACCCGACACCAGGAGCAAUAGGAGGCACCGAGUCCGAGGACGAUGUAAGCAGCGAGUCCAAUGCCUCCGAUGAUGUCGACUCCCAGCUGAGUCGCGGCGAGGACAACGACGAUGACAGCGACUGCAUCAGCGGUAGUUCCCGGUAUAGCCACCAGGGAUCAACCCGCUCUGGCGUCUCACGCCGUCGCAUGCCUGCCCGUGUGGCCAAGGACAACUUCAAUCGCGUCUGCAGCGUCAUCAUGAAGCCUGCCAAAAAGAAGCAACGCAAGGAGCUCAACACCAAUGCCCAGACAUUGCGCAGCAUUGAGAAGCUUUACACCAGCAAGAAGCUAAAGAAGUUCACGCCGGCCAACCUGGAAACGAUUUUCGAGGAGCCCAGCGAUGAGAAUGCCGCCGAUGCGGAGGAUGACAGCGAGGAGUGCUCCAUCAGCAGCCAAGUGCGAAUCGUCAAGUUCGGUGCACGCAAGCUGCGACGUGCCAUCUCCUUUAGCGAUGGCCUCAACAAGAACAAGAUGCUGCUGAAGAAGAAGAACCGCCGGCAGAAGGUAAAGAAGACCUUUGGCAAGCAUUUCGCUUUGAAGAAGAUCAGCAUGAGCGAGUUCCAUGAUCGCUUGAACAAGAGCUUUGACAGUGCCAUGCUCGAGGGCGAGGAUGAGCCACCGGGCGAUCUAGCAGAGCUGCCCAAGACGGCCAUGACCAUGGAGGAUAUACAGCUGCCGGGAGGCCAGCAAUUGCUUUAAGAGAGACUGAAAAAUCCAUUUCAAUCAUCUUUUUCGCAUCAUUAAAACAACCAACUAGUUGAUAGUGGCCAAGAAACUCGUACUGAUACCAACUAUGAAGCUAGGAUUUACGUUUAAUGUACGUGUAAAUAGCAAGUAGAGGAAUUAAAAUAGAGCUACACCUAAAACUAAACUUAUACAGCCAUGGAAUACGAUUCUGUGCUUAGCUCGUAAGAAGUAAAAGUAAUAAUUUAUAAUAAUAAGAAGUAAUAAACGUUGCAAAAGGUUA